AUGAAAAUUAAAGAAACUUAAUAAUGCAUCAAAUUCUUAUUAGGUGUGGAUAAAAAAUAUUUAAUAUUUUACUAAUUAAUUAAUAUAAAUAUCUUUAGGAUUAAUCAGCGUUUUUACUUUCAAAGGAAAAAAUUUGUAUAUUUAAUUUUCAUAUCAAUAAUUAUUCAUUUAUUUUAUUGUAUUUAAAAUCAAAAGUUAAGUAAUUUUUUAUUUAUUUAUUUACAUCUAAUUUAAAUUAUAAUUUUUAUUGUUUAAUGUCGACCCCCAAAUGGUUUUUUAGGAAACAAGCAUGUGAUUAAUUAAGAUAUCAAGCAGAUUACUAUAAGAAAAGAGUGUUUAUACCAAUUUAAUUUAUUGUCUAUCAUUAAUUUGCUAAGUGAGCUAGAAAGUGUUGUUCAAGUGACAUAUAGAAUUUUUCUAUCAGUGAUUUUAUAGGAAGAAGCAGCCUUAUACCUAGAAAAUGUUGAGUUUUUUAAUUUAGCUAAUACUUAUUACAGUAAUUUGCUAGGAGCAAAUUCAUUUAGUCGUAAUUUAAUGGAUCGAGACUAUAAAAAUUGUGAGUAUCCUCAUAAUUAGUUUUUAGCUUAUUCAUUUCAUGUAGCUUGA